AUGCCUGAAGAGGAAGAACCCCAGUUUCCUUCGGCGAUGGGUCUAAUGAAUUCCCAUAGUACAAAUCAUAGAUGUGUAUUUUGCGAAAAUGCACACGAAAGCAGCCAAUGCUUCAAGGCUCAGAAGUUGACUUAUGACCAGAAAGUGAAUAUUUUGACAAAGAAAGGUGCUUGCUUCCGCUGUUUGAAAAUUGGACACCAAUCUCGAAGAUGCCGUGGUCAAUUAAGUUGCUUACUUUGUCAUAAACCACAUGUGCCCCUAAUGUGCAGAGAACUUUCGAUAGGCAAAGUAAAAAAGGAAGAGGAAAAUAAGAUAGAGAAGGAUGGCCAAGCUGUACCGAAAAUAAAUCAGUCAUUGGCCAAUAGUGCUACUACUAAUGUUUUUUUGCAAACUUUGCGCGUCAAAAUGAACCACUUAGGCAAGACGCGAGUUGUACGCGCCUUAAUAGAUACCGGAUCUCAAAAGACGUAUAUUCUGAGGUCCACUGCUAGAUUAUUAGAUUAUCCAUGUAAACGACAGAUUAACCUUGUACAUGGAUUAUUCGGAGGCAGCGAGCUAGCACAAAAACAUGAUUGUUAUAACGUUAACUUGAGUUAUAAUAACUACAGUUGCACAUUUGAAGCAUUAGAUCAGCCCGUAAUUUGUAGCGAUAUUUCUUCCGUAUUUAAUGGUCCCUGGAUGGAAGAACUGAAGAGGCUGAAUAUAGAGAUAACAGAUUCCGGUGAUACAUCUCCUAUAGAGAUUUUAAUAGGUGUAGACAUUGCAGGAAAGCUCUAUACCGGAAGAAGGCAUAUUUUAGGAUGUGGACUGGUAGCUGUAGAAAACUUAUUGGGCUGGACUUUGAUGGGAAAAAUACCUUUAGAUCAACAGGACAAUCGCACCGCGACAACGGUUUCACUUUUUAUUAGCAACGCGUCGAUUAGUCAACUGUGGGAGUUAGAUGCUUUGGGUAUCAAUGAUCCGGCUGAAAGGAAGACAAGGGAAGAAACAGCGUUAGCAGCAAAGCAACUUUUCUUUGAGAGUGUUGCAACAGAUUCCACAGGACGAUAUGAAAUCAGACUGCCAUGGUUAGAAGAACAUCCGGCAUUACAAAGUAACUACCAGAUGGCUAAGAAAAGGCUGGAUACCACGUUGAAGAAGAUAAAUAAAGAUGGAUAUCUUGAAGCCUACGCCCAAAUAUUUAAAGAGUGGCUGGAUGAAAAUAUAAUUGAGGAAGUGCUCGAGGAGCAGCCGAACCGAGAAGGUCAUUAUUUACCCCACAGGCCGGUAAUUAAGCCUAAUAGCGCGUCCACAAAAAUCAGACCAGUUUUUGACGCUUCAGCGAAAGAAAAAGACAAACCUUCUUUAAACCAGUGCCUUGAAAAGAGGAUUAACUUGAUUGAAUUGAUUCCUGCUAUUUUAUUAAGAUUCAGACGACAAGAAAUCGGUGUAAUCUCAGAUAUUCGCAAAGCCUUUUUACAGAUUGGGAUACACAAAGCUGACAGAGAUUUUCUUCGAUUUCUUUGGAUAGAUGAUGCAGGAAAAGAAAAGGUGCACCACCACUGUCGUAUGGUAUUCUAG